GAUAUUGUGUCAAUCUCAUUUCCUGGCGUCACACUCAUUUGUGUCCCCAAAAUGGCGAACAUAGCCGCUGCUGCUGCGGCUGCUGCUGCCGCCGCUGUUGCCGCGAACAGAGACCCAGCUGUUGAUCGAUCAUUACGAUCAGUGUUUGUGGGGAACAUUCCGUAUGAAGCCACAGAGGAGCAGCUGAAAGACAUCUUUUCUGAAGUGGGACUUGUUGUCAGCUUCAGGUUGGUAUAUGACAGGGAGACAGGAAAGCCAAAGGGAUAUGGCUUCUGUGAAUACCAAGACCAGGAGACGGCCCUCAGUGCCAUGCGGAACCUGAACGGCAGAGAGUUCAGUGGUCGAGCUCUCCGUGUUGACAACGCAGCCAGUGAGAAAAACAAGGAAGAGCUUAAAAGUUUGGGAACAGGAGCCCCCAUUAUUGAGUCUCCUUAUGGAGAAAGCAUCCAGCCACAGGAAGCCCCAGAGUCCAUCAGCAGAGCCGUGGCCAGUCUGCCACCGGAGCAGAUGUUUGAACUUAUGAAACAGAUGAAGCUGUGUGUGCAGAACAGUCCCCAGGAGGCGAGGAACAUGCUGCUGCAGAACCCCCAGCUGGCCUAUGCUCUGCUGCAGGCCCAAGUGGUCAUGCGGAUUGUUGACCCUGAGAUUGCCUUGAAAAUGCUCCACCGUCAAACAACAGUCCAGCCUCUGAUUCCCAGCGGGCAGGGUGGAGGAGCACCACCGAUUAAUCCACCUCCUGCUCCGCCCAGCGUGCCAGUGUCUCAGCCGCAGCCUGUGCCUGGAAUGCAUGUCAAUGGAGCCCCUCAGAUGAUGCAGCCCCCCACCAUGGGCGUUGUCCCUGGGCCUAUGCCUGUACCAGGACCAGGACCUGGACAGGGACCUGGACCAGGACCAGGACAAGUACCAGUCGGACCCCCAGGAAACCUUCAGCAUUCUCCCACAGGAUCGUCUGGGCAAGCUGCUAUCGAGCGGCCUCAAGGACCAGGCGGUAUCCCCCCCAGAGGCCUGCUGGGAGAUGGUCCCAAUGAUCCCAGAGGAGGAACUCUGCUGUCCGUCACCGGAGAAGUCAUAGACCCCAACCGCGGCUACAUGGGAGCUCCACCUCCUCACCAAGCCCCACCUGUACACAUGCCCCAAAUGGCAAGUGGACCCCCUCCGGAUAUGAGAGGCCCUCCAAUGGACAUGAGAGGCCCGCCCAUGGGUGAACCAAGGAACAUGAUGGGUGACCCCAGAGGGCCCCCGAUGAUGGAGCCCCGCGGACCCCCGAUGGAAACCAGAGGUCGUGACCCGAGGGCGAUGGACGCUCGUGGUCCAGUGACAGGGCAGAGGGUUCCCAUGGCAACAGGAAUGCAAGGCCCCGUUCCUCACAGCAUGGGUCCUAACGCUCCUCCACCUGCAAGACCGGGUCCUGGUAUCUCCGGUGUUCCUCCAUCAGGAGGAGGCUUCAGUCCCGGGCAGAGCCAGGUCUCCACACAGGACCAGGAGAAGGCUGCCCUGAUUAUGCAGGUCCUGCAGCUGACCCCAGAACAGAUCGCCAUGUUGCCCCCGGAGCAGCGGCAGAGCAUCCUCAUCCUCAAAGAGCAGAUUCAGAAGACCGCAGGAGGAGCACCUUGAUGGUCUGAGAAAAACGUCAAGGUUUCAGGACUCGCUCCACCUCUCUGACCUUGUCACCUUCAGCUCCAACAGGUCUGAAGACGUCUCAUCUUAGUUUGGAGUAUUGUAUAGUUUUUUUAAAAUCCCAUUGUCUGUGUUCUGUGUGAGAGCGUCAGGUUGAUGCUUGUGGAUUCAAAAGUAAGAGAGACAUUUGAGUGGAUGAUGAACAGAUUAAAAACCAGAGUAGGAUUGUCACGAGGUUUGAUCCUUUUCCUCCAGAGCCGACUGUUUUCAUGUGAUCAGCUCUGCAAAGUGUUAGCCUGGAAAUUGUUUUGUCAAUAAAACAAACAAAAAAAGA